CAAAUGCAGCUCCCAUUAGUGGCCCGCUCUCUCUCAGUUUCUCUCUCCCUCUCUUCGAGAAGACGCGAAGAAAAAGAAGAAUGUCGGAGACGGUCGUCAAGUUCGGGAUCCUGGGCUGCGCCGAGAUAGCGAGGAAGGUCGGCCGAGCCAUAACCCUCGCCCCCAACGCCAACAUCGUCGCCGUGGGCAGCCGCUCCGCCGAGAAGGCCGCCAAGUUCGCCGCCGACAACGGCUUCCCCCCGGGGACGCGGGCCUACGGCUCGUACGACGCCGUCCUCGACGACCCGGAGGUCGAUGCCGUGUACGUGCCCCUUCCCACCAGCCUACACGCCAAGUGGGCCGUCCUGGCCGCCCAGAAGAAGAAGCACCUGCUCCUGGAGAAGCCGGUGGCCCUGAACGUCGCCGAGUUCGAUAAGAUCGUGGAGGCUUGCGUCGCGAACGGGGUGCAGUUCAUGGACGGGACGAUGUGGAUGCAUCACCCCAGGACGGCGAAGAUGAAGGAGUUCGUCUCUAACGAGAGGGCUUUCGGGAAACUCAGAGCGAUGCACACCUGUUUCACUUUCGCUGCUGAUCCUGAUUUUCUGGAGACGGACAUUCGUGUUAAGCCAGAUCUUGAUGCGCUUGGUGCUCUCGGUGAUGCUGGCUGGUACUGCACUCGGUCAAUUCUGUGGGGCAACGAUUAUGAAUUGCCUAAGACAGUGACGGCCUUGCGUGGGCCCAUUUUCAAUAAGGCAGGGGUCAUUUUAUCCUGUGGGGCUUCUCUAUACUGGGAAGAUGGAAAAGUAGCGACCUUCCAUUGCUCGUUCUUAUCUCAUUUGACAAUGGAUAUAACAGCUGUCGGUACAAAGGGAACUUUGCAUGUCCACGAUUUCAUCAUCCCAUUUCAAGAGAGCGAAGCAUCUUUCUCUGUAGCUUCGGAAUCAUGGUUCGACGAGCUGGUGACCGGGUGGGUCCCCAAGCCGGCCGAGCAUUUAGUCAGUACUAGUCUUCCUCAGGAGGCUCUAAUGGUGAAAGAGUUUUCCAGCUUGGUUGGUGCCAUUAAAGCCGAAGGUUCACGGCCUGAGAUGAAGUGGCCGAUCAUCAGCAGGAAGACUCAGCUGGUGAUUGACGCGGUGAAGCUGUCAAUUGAGAGAGGAUUUGAGCCCGUCGAGGUAGUUGGUUGAAUAUUCUGUCCUUGGGGUUUCAUUUGUAAUUUGCUCCUAACUCCCUCCCGUUGGGGUGAUUCGUUGAAUAAGGAGUUGUUGGCUUAAUCAAUGAAAACUUGUUGCUUGAAAUUUUUCAUAAUUAAAACAAAAAGUUGUAUAUAAAUGAAUAAUAUUUCUAUUGCUUUUCUA